GUGCAAGAAUAAUAUAAUCAUGGCAGACCUCAGGAUUUACAACGUUGUCAUUCUGGGACUAGGAUUUCUGUUCAUUUUCACUGCUUUCACCACCUGUGGAAACAUUGAACAAACCAUAGUUAAAAGCCUGGACAAUGAUACCUUCACUGGAAGUGGUUAUCACAGCCUUGGAAUCAUCUAUGGAAUUUUUUCAUUUUCAAAUUUGUUAGCUCCAACUGUUGUUGCAAUAAUUGGACCACAGUUUACAAUGUUUUUCAGUGGAAUUCUUUACAGUGGUUACAUAGCUGUAUUCAUCACCCCAUCAACAUGGUCCUUUUACUUCACCUCAGUACUAAUCGGCAUAGGAGCAGCCAUGCUUUGGACAGCUCAAGGACACUUCCUUGUGGAGAACUCUGAUGCUUCCACCAUCAAUAGGAACACAGGGAUGUUUUGGGCCCUUUUACAGUGCAGCAUGUUAUUUGGCAAUCUGUACAUUUAUUUUGAUUGGAAUGGAAAGAUGGAAAUAUCAGAUAGGAGCAGAAAGACUAUCUUUAUUGGUCUGCUGGUUACCUCAGUGCUGGGAACACUCAGCUUCCUGGCUCUGAGAAAGACUCUUCCACCAGAGGAGGAGAUGCUCAAUGAGGAGGAAGGCCAGCCUUUGCUCUCAUCUCGCAUGAUGUAUAAGCAAAGAGCCAACUCUGCAGUACAAGAUGCAAAGUCAGAAUUCAAGACAAUCCUGCAACUGCUCAAAACCAAAACCAUAUUGCUUCUGAGCUGUUGCAUGGCAUACAGUGGUCUGGAGCUAUCUUUCUACAGUGGUGUGUAUGGGACAUGUAUCGGGGCAACAACAGAGUUUGGAGCGGCAGCUAAAGGCUUGAUUGGGAUCUCUGGAAUCGUGUUGGGGAUUGGAGAGAUAGUUGGUGGAGGAGUCUUUGGACUAGUAUGUAAGAAUAACCGCUUCAGACGGACAUCUGUGGUCUUCCUGGGGAUGGUCGUCCAUUUUGUCGCCUUCUACUUGAUCUACCUCAACAUCCCAGAUGAUGCCCCUGUGGUUUUAAAAACUAGCACACUGAACAAGCCAUAUCUGACACCAAGUAUCUCUAUCGCAUUGCUCUGUAGUUUCCUGCUUGGGCUCGGUGACAGCUGUUUCAACACUCAACUGUACAGCAUCUUGGGGUGUGUUUAUGCUGAGCAAAGCGCGCCUGCUUUUGCCAUCUUCAAAUUCAUCCAGUCCAUUUUUGCAGCAGUUGCCUUCUUCUACAGUGGCUACUUGCUGUUGACAUGGCAACUGCUCAUUAUGGUCACCCUGGGUUUCACUGGAACACUCUGCUUCUUCAUGGUGGAAAGAAUACAGAACUUCUCUGUAGACCUACAACAAGAGCAUUAGGGCCCAUCAUUUCAACACGGGCACAGUCAAAUGACUUACAUUUCUUGGUUUUUUAACAGGAAAGAUAUUUUGCACCUUCAAUAUCUUAGCUUUAACUUAUCUUGCACAAUACACUAAUUAUAACAUGAGUAAAUGUAAUUUUUGUAAAAACUUUUCCAAUAGGAUUGUGUAUGUAUAAUAUAAGACGUAACCACUCACCUGAUGUAUUGGCUGUCUUUAUGCAUUGCUCUCAGGGUUGUUAUUUAAGAUAGUCUCAUUGUUGCAAAUUCUGUGGUAGUGUUAUAAUACAUCAUACAUUUCAUAACGUGAUGGAAUUGUUUUUAGAUGUUUGUUAGAAUUUAAGAUGCAUACUAAACAGAAGAAAUGUUAAUAUUGAGGCUUAUAUAAUGAUCUUACUGUUUCAGAAAAUAUGUUAUUAGUGACAAAAACACGCUAGCUAUAGUAUGUACGGGAAACGAUAUUGAUGUAUACCUCUAAAUUUAAUGCUGUGCUGAAAUGUGUAUAGAUAGACAAAAUUGUUCAAAUUUAGUCAAUGACAAUUCUCAACAUCCACCAUGCCAAAGCUUACAAGAGCUUAUCCAGUGAUUUAACAAAAAAAACAAUAUUGCCUUGUAAUAAUACAAUUACUGUACAACUUAUUUUCAGUGCCCAUAGCAUGUAGUAGAGUAGUUAAAAAAAUACAUAACAUUUAUGGUAUCCUUUUACUUCCAUUUCAUUAUAUUUUACAUUUUACACUUCAAAAUGUUGUCAGUCAUGCAUACUAAGUGCCUGUUAAUGUUUUGGUUGCUUGUAUCUGUUUAUAAAGACUUUGAAAAAACAAAAUUGGUUAAAGUAACCUAUUUGCCGUAUGAGUCCUCUGUGGCAACGAGAAGGUACAAACACAAUCUGAUUUUUAAACAUUUUAAACCAACAGGUGCGCUAACUUGUGCUUCUUCGGUUAGUUUCUCCCAAAGUGUUGGUAGACGUCACUGGGCAAGUGCAACACUUUCAUUUUUACUGGGAAUUGAAGUUCUAGAUUGCACAUUCAUUAUCAGAGGUUAUUGUGUGGGACAACAACGUGCAAUACACAUUAUGCUCAGGAGAUGGUGCUAAAAUACAACUGUAGGCAUCAAUUUAGAUCAGAAUGAAGGAAACAUUAACGUUGAUCAUACAAUAAAAAGCAAUCUAAUUCAACUCACAUUUCAACUAUUCCUUUCUAAAGACUGUCAGGUUGCACCUAUACUGUUGCGGAUCUCAUUUUCUUAUAUGCAGGAAACGGAUAUGUUAACUCAGUCCAAGCAGAGACAUUUGCAUCCUCAUGAUAAUGCACUUCUCUUUUUUCCCACCAUGGCAAUAGAUUGCGUGUGCUGUUUUCGAUUGCAAGUUCUUUCUGAUACUGUACGUCAUAUAAAAUGUGUGAAACAUACAAUGGUGGAAAAAGUACUGAAUUGAGUAAAAGUAAAGAUUCCUUAAUAUAAAAUGACUCAAGUGAGUCACCCAGAAAAAUCCUACUUGAGUAAAAGUAAAAAGUAGAAUUUUGGUUUUAAACAUACCAAAAGUAAAUGUCAUUUCUAAAAUGUAUUUAGGUAUCAAAAAUAAAAAAAAUAAAAGUAUAACUGUCACGCCUUGGUCAUUGUAUUUUGUGUUUUUGUUAUAUGUUUGGGUAGGCCAGGGUGUGACAUGGGUUUAUAUGUUGUUUUCGUAUUGGGGUUUGUAUAGUUGGGAUCGCGGCUGUUUAGGGGUGUGUCUAGUUAUGCUUGGCUGCCUGAGGCGGUUCUCAAUCAGAGUCAGGUGCUUGUCGUUGUCUCUGAUUGAGAACCGUAUUUAGACAGCCUCAGUUUCGCUUUGUAUUUUGUGGGUGUUUGUUCCUGUCUCUGUGUUGUAGUCACCAGAUAGGCUGUAAUUAGUUUCACGUUCUGUUUGUUGUUUUGUAUUCUGAGUUAUUUCAUGUACCGCAGUUCAUUCAUUAAAGUCAUGAGUAACCAACACGCUGCAUUUCGGUCCGACUCUCUUUCCACAAACGAAGAACGCCGUUACAGAAACACCCACCACUCACGGACCGAGCAGCGUGUGAACUGGCAGGAUCUAAAGGAGGACGUUAUGGACAGCAGAAGCAUGGAUUAUACUACGUGGGAAGAAAUCGACAGGUGGGCGGCCGACCCAGAGCGAGUGCAGGAGCCCGCCUGGGAUUCCCUACAGCAAUGCGAAGAGGGCUAUAGACGAAUGGAGUCGAAAAGGAAAGCACGGCGGCGCAGAGCGAAAACCGAAAGUAACGGGGGAGAGCGCAGAGAGAGAGUGGCUGAGUCAGGAGUCAGACCUGAGCCUACUCUCCCUGUUAAUUGUGAGGAGCAGCAAUAUAAAGACUUCUGGUCUUGGGAGAGGAUCUUAGACGGAAAAGGACCCUGGGCGCAGCCGGGAGAAUAUCGCCGUCCCAAGGAAGAGGCAGCCGGAGAUAGGAGCCGACGAUACGAGGGAACACGGUUGGCAAGGAAGCCCGUAAAGCAACCCCAAAAAAUUAUUGGGGGGCGGGGGGGCUAGAAGGGAGAAUAGUUAUGCCAGGUAGGAAACCUGCGCAUACUCCCUGUGCUCACCGUUGGGCUAGAGAGACCGGGCAGGCACCGUGUUAUGCUAUGGAGCGCACGGUGUUUCCAGUGCGGGUGCAGAGCCAGGUGCGGCACAUACCAGCCCUUCCUAUUGGCAGGGCUAGAGUGGGCAUCGAGCCAGGUAAGCUUGGGCAGGCUCGGUGCUCAAGAGCUCCAGUGCGCCUGCACGGUCCGGUCUAUCCAGAGCCACCUCCACACACCAGUCCUCCGGUAGCAGCUCCCCGCACCAGGCUUCCUGUGCGUGUCCUCGAUCAAAUACCACCAGUUCCAGCACCACGCACCAGGCCUUCAGUGCGCCUCGCCUGUUCAACACAGCCAGAGCCUUCCUUCCCUCCUACGCUGUUGGAGUCUCCCGCCUGUUCAGCGCAGCCAGAGCCUGUAUCCUCUCCUGCGCUGCCGGAGCCUCCUGCCUGUUCGGAGCAGCCUGGGCUGCCAGUCUGCAGAGAUCUGUCAGUCUGCCAAGUGCUGUCAGUCGGCAUGAAGCAGUCAGAGCUGUCAGUCUGCCCAGCGCCGCCAGUGCUCCCCGUCUGCCCAGCGCUGCCAGUGCUCCCAGUCUGCCCAGCGUCGCCAGUGCUCCCAGUCUGCCCAGCGUCGCCAGUGCUCCCAGGAUCCGCCAGGAUCCGCCAGAAGUGCCAGGAUCCGCCAGAAGUGCCAGUCUGCCAGGAUCCGCCAGAAGUGCCAGGAUCCGCCAGAAGUGCCAGGAUCCGCCAGAAGUGCCAGUCUGCCAGGAGCCGCCAGAAGUGCCAGUCUGCCAGGAUCUGCCGGUCUGCAGAGAGCUGUCAGCCUGCAUGGAGCUGUCAGUCUGCAUAGAGCAGCUAGAUCCGCCAGUCAGCCAUGAUCUUCUAGAUCGGCCAGACAAUCAGUCUCUUCCAGUUCGGCCUGCCAGCCAGGAGUUACCGGAGCCUACUACCUGCCUGAGCUUCAUCUAUGUACUGGGCGUCCUCUCAGUGCUGGGCGUCCCCUCAGUCCCGGGCUGCCCCUCAGUCCCGGGCUGCCCCUCAGUCCCGGGCUGCCCCUCAGUCCCGGGCUGCCCCUCAGUCCCGGGCUGCCCCUCUGUCCCGGGCUGCCCCUCUGUCCCGGGCUGCCCCUCUGUCCCGGGCUGCUCCUCAGUUAUGUGGGGAUCUGGGUGAGGACUAUUAGGCCAUGGUCGGCGGAGAAGGUGGAUGAUCCCAGGACGCGAAGGGGAGGAACUAGGACAUUAAUGGAGUGGGGUCCACGUCCCGAGCCAGAACCGCCACCAUGGACAGACGCCCACCCGGACCCUCCCUAUGCUCUUGAGGUGCGUCCGGGAGUCCGCACCUUAGGGGGGGGGUUCUGUCACGCCUUGGUCAUUGUAUUUUGUGUUUUUGUUAUAUGUUUGGGUAGGCCAGGGUGUGACAUGGGUUUAUGUUUUCGUAUUGGGGUUUGUAUAGUUGGGUUCGCGGCUGUUUAGGGGUGUGUCUAGUUAUGCUUGGCUGCCUGAGGCGGUUCUCAAUCAGAGUCAGGUGCUUGUCGUUGUCUCUGAUUGAGAACCAUAUUUAGACAGCCUCAGUUUCGCUUUGUAUUUUGUGGGUGUUUGUUCCUGUCUCUGUGUUGUAGUCACCAGAUAGGCUGUAAUUAGUUUCACGUUCUGUUUGUUGUUUUGUAUUCUGAGUUAUUUCAUGUACCGCAGUUCAUUCAUUAAAGUCAUGAGUAACCAACA